GUUUCCCACCUCUCUCUCUCACUUUCAAUUAGAUACGGGAAAUGUUGUUUUUUCCCCCUCUGCUGCAGAAAAUUACGUGUCCAAGGAAGGCAAGUCUGUGUAGUGUAGUAUAUAUACAUGUUAUACAUCAGAGAUCUCAGACCCACCACCAUGGGAGAAGAGAUGAGAAGGACUUGCAGGCAAGCAGUAGCAGAGCUUAAUCACCUGCUUGCUUAUUAGCUUACUUAUAAGUCGCAAUCAUUCAGGGUUUUCCUCGGCCCUACACCCUCUUCCCCUUCUCUUUCUCUCCCCUGUCCUUAGGCCUAAAGCCCAAACCCAAAGCCCUUCUCUUCCCUUCCCUUCCCCCUCUCCUCUCCUUUUGUUCCAAAACCUUAGUCAUCGUCUCUCGUCGGCUUGCUAUUCUUUUCUCUGUCUCUUCUCCUCUCUUUGAAUUGAAUCUCUUCCCCCGUCUCCAUUUGCAAAAAGGUUCCCUUCCCCUGCCCCUCAAUUAUUAAUACAUAGAGAAGCCUCCCCUGCCUCCUUCCCCCGCUUCGCAUUACCACAUCGUCUCUCUCUCUCUCUCUCACUCACUGUUUCUCCAUGAACAUCAAAACUUUCUCACCGGAGGCGAUGGCCAUGCUUUCCCGCCGCCGCCGCCGCCACAGUCACAGAAAUCACUUAACAUCCACAGUCGCCACUGCCUUCACAUUCCUCUUCCUCUGCCUUUUCCUGUCCUCCACCACAGCUCUGGCUCAACUUGGUGGUCGUCAGGGGAUGACAAAAGCAGUCAGAGAUACCAAUUAUGAAGGGAAGGUGGUGGCGGUGGGAAGCAGCAGAAGAGGGUCGGUGAAGGCGUUAAUGAGGUUCGACCGGUUCAUGGCCCAGAAGCGGAUGGGCGGGCCGGGAUCGUCGCCGCCGACCUGCAGAUCCAAGUGCGGGGUUUGUGCGCCCUGCCGGCCGGUUCACGUCCCGGUUCAGCCGGGAGUGAGUUUCCCUCUGGAGUACUACCCGGAGGCUUGGCGUUGCCAGUGCGGCACCAAGCUCUUCAUGCCCUGAAGGCUGAAACCCCCCCCCCAUAACCAAAAAAGACAAGAGAAAAGGUACAGAAAACAAGUGUGGGAGGGAGCUAGGUUCUCUCUCGUCUUCCUGCUAUUUUGCUGUCUGGAUUUUCCUUUUUGAGAUUCGGGGGUUGCGUUGUCUGCUACUGGUUAGCUGGAAAUGGAGGUGGGCAGGGGACUCUGUUUUGUUGGUGAGGAGGGAAGUAAAGUUGCGAACGUACACUCUGUUUCCUGCUUUGUGUUUGGUGCUGGCCACCAUUGGGCGGGGAAAGGCCAUGUCUGAAGGAGCUUUGGGAAUGUAAAGUUCAUCAAUUUGUUCGUUUGUAUAGAGAUAGAAAGCAAGAGAGAGAGAGAAAGAGGUUAGUUCGAAAUUACCAAAGAAAAACAGAGUGGUUAAUCGCUCUCUCUCUCUCUCUCUCUAGACCUCUACCUUCUUCCCCUGCCUCUCAUCAUCUUUUUGCUCCCCGACCCAUCAACAAGGAAGGUGCAUUAAUGAUACCCAAUUAAGGUAAGACAGAUUGGCAAAAGAUCCAUUGCUGUAAUUAUUGUUCUAGUCUCGUAGAAUUCUUGCCUUUGUAUCCCCGACAGUGUAUCAAUGGCGGAUCCUAGAAAGAAAAAUUGAAGGAAUGUUGGGGUCAAUUAUGUGAAGUUUGGGGAAAUGGGGAUGAUGUACAGUGCAUCAUUUUGUUUUUAGUAAAGACUAGGUGGGGUGGUAAGUGAAUUUUUCUGGGGUUGAUUGAGGCUGCUACUGUUGUUGGAGGCAGGGGAAACAGCUGCAGAAAGAGCUGUAGCGUUUGUAUGAUAUGAUAAGGAUCAAAGCUAGCUGUGGUCAUAAUGAUGAAAAAAUGUGUCAACCGUCUCUUCCU